GCACUGACAGCCCUGCUUCCUUCCCUCAGGAACCCAAUAAGCCUGGCUUCAGAAUGGGAAACAGUGCCCUUCGCGCUCAUGUGGAAACAGCGCAGAAAACUGGCGUCUUUCAACUCAAGGAGCGUGGGCUGACCGAGUUCCCCUUAGAGUUGCAGAGGCUGACGAGCAAUCUCAGGACCAUCGACUUAUCCAACAACAAGAUCGAGAGCCUGCCGCCUACAAUCAUAGGGAAAUUCACUCUGCUGAAGAGCCUCUCCUUAAACAGCAACAAACUGAGUGCGCUUCCUGAGGAGUUAUGCAAUCUGAAAAAGCUAGAGAUGUUAAGCUUAAAUAACAAUCACUUGAGAGAGCUGCCAUCUACCUUUGGUCAACUUUCUGCUCUCAAGACCCUAAGCCUGUCUGGGAACCAGCUGCGAGCCCUACCACCCCAACUUUGUAGUCUUCGGCACCUGGAUGUGGUGGAUCUCUCCAAGAACCAGAUUCGCAGCAUACCUGACAUCAUUGGAGAUCUUCAGGUCAUGGAGCUCAACCUCAACCAGAAUCAGAUAUCUCAGAUCUCAAUACAGAUAUCUCGCUGCCCUCGCCUUAAAGUUCUUCGCCUGGAAGAGAACUGUCUUGAGCUCAGCAUGCUUCCACAAAGCAUUCUCAGUGAUUCCCAGAUCUGUCUGCUUGCUGUGGAAGGCAACCUUUUUGAGAUAAAGGCACUUCGAGAAUUGGAAGGUUAUGAUAAGUACAUGGAGAGGUUCACAGCCACCAAGAAGAAGUUUGCAUGAUAUUCUUCACAAGUAUGGGAACCUAACAGGACAGUGACUUGGAACCUGUUGCAGUCUGGCUGAAUGAGAGGCUCCUGUUGUCAAGGUUAUCUGCAGUAAGAUGAACACCUCAGAGAUUAUUUCAUUCAGUAAUCUUUUUCCUUUCCAGGGCUUAUGUCAGAUAAGCUGUAAGGAUCAGACACAGGAAGAGUCCUCCAUUUUAACUCAAUAAAAUAGCAGACAAUGUUGAUUAGUUGACAUCAGUAGCUAGCUGCUCCGGAUACAGUGAGGAGAUGCUGCCCGUUACAGAACAGCUCCAUAUGCUGCUUGAUUUUCACAUUUAGUUCCAACUUGUCAGCUUCAGAAAGUCAGAUGCUAUUUCAAUCUGUGUUAAAAAAUUCCUAUUUUUAUAAAGUUGAAAUAACUUGUGAAAGGCUGAUAUGGUGCAUCUAAGGAGUUCUGCUUUUCUUGCUUGUUUUGGAGCCACAUCUAACAGUGCCCAGUAUCUACUUCCUAUGCACUGCUCCUGGUGGUGCUUGGGAAACCAUGCAGUGCUCCAUCCAGGCUUCCAGCAUGCAAAAUGCAUUACCCCCCCUGAUCUGUUUCCUGACCCAGGAUUCAUGCUUUUAUUCUAGUCUGUCAGUUCGUCUGGUUUUACGUAGAAUUUAGGAUGUACACAAAUGUAAAUGUUUGUCUUCAUUUCAAGUGUCGUCAGAUUAGCACCAACACAAUACUAAAAACUGUGUCCCAAGGCUACAGUAGCAAAUUCUUCACUUUUGCAGGUGCCUUAUUGGUAGAGGGCUCCAAAGAGCUAAAAAUCAUAUAUGCAAAACUUUUAAGAUACUAGGACUUUUAAUAAUUGAAAUUUUCAUGAAGCUUCGUUAGAAAUAAUGUAUUUCUGAUAAUCCUUCCUUUUUUUUGUACUUAUAACUGCUAAUCAAGUAACCUAUCAGACAAUAUUUUAAAUAUUUAAAAGUUUAUUCUCUGAAUGAGAAUAUGCUAAAUAAAGAAUUUCUAAUGAACACUGGAUAAAAAAAGGUUAAUUCCUUCAAGAAAGUCAGAACUUUUAACCUAUAAAUGGUCCUCUGAAAAUAAAUUGAUUACGAAGAAA